AUGGGCGGCAGGGCAGAAGAUAAGAUCGAAGGGGUCAAGUCUGCUGUGAUGCCCAGCAGAAGCGAUUCACAGACGUCAGACACGGAGAUGGACCAAGAGAAGGAUAUUGCGGUGGUGGGAAUAGGAUGCAACUUUCCUGGGGGUGAAGGCCUGGACAAUUUCUGGAAGGUCUUGUUGGAGGGCAGGAACUGUGUGGUGCCUAUUCCCAGAGAGAGGUUUGACAUGGGCCCCUGGUACGACGCAGAUGAAAACAAGCCGGGAAAGUCGCGGACCUUCAAAGCUGCGCUCAUUGAGGGCUUCAAUGAGUUUGACCACAGGUUGUUUGGGAUCAGUGACAGUGAGGUGGAGCAGAUGGACCCGCAGCAGAAGCAGCUGCUGCAGUGUGUGUAUCGGGCCCUGGAGAACGCUGGGCUUCCUCUGGAGAAGGCCAGUGGCACCAGGACCGGAGUCUUCUUCGGUCUAAUGAACAGAGAUUACGAGACCAAUGCCAGCCACGUUCACCCCAGUGUGAUCAACCACUGGACCGGGACUGGACUGGCCAUGAGUAUAGCAGCAAACAGAGUGUCCUACAUCUUCAACUUCACCGGACCCUCCCUGACCAUAGACUCCGCCUGCUCCUCUUCUCUGGUGGCUCUACAUUUGGCAUGUCAGGCCAUCAGACAAGGAGACUGUGAGAUGGCCGUGUGUGGAGGGGUUAGUGUCAUCCUCGAGCCAAGAGUGUUUGUGGCUCUGAGUAAAGCCAAGAUGAUCUCUCCUGAUGGCUCCAGCAAACCCUUCUCCAACAAAGCAAAUGGCUAUGGCAGAGGCGAGGGCUGCGGGGUAGUUCUGCUCAAGCCGCUAAAAAAGGCAUUAGAGGACCAUGACUACAUAUGGGGCAUAAUCAGCAAAACAGCAGUAAACCAAGACGGCCACUCCGUUAGCCCAAUCACCAAACCUUCAAUGUCGCAACAAGAACAGCUGCUCCGGCAAAUCUACACAGCGACUGAUCUGGUAAAUGUUCAAUACAUCGAAGCACAUGGGACAGGAACACCAAUAGGAGAUCCAACUGAGGCCAGAAGCAUCUCCAACAUCAUUGCUAAAUCCAGACCUCACCAUAUCGACACCCUUUGUAUAGGUUCGGUUAAAAGCAACAUCGGUCACACUGAAUCGGCAGCGGGGGUUGCCGGACUCAUCAAGGUACUGCUAAUGAUGAAACACAAGACUAUAGUGCCUUCUGUGUUUUAUUCUGAAGAGACAGCCAGUGUAGAUGCCAAGGCUCUGAACAUCAAAGUGCCCAAAGAAGUAGAGAAGUGGGAACCGAAAGGAAACAAGGUGGCUGGGAUAAACAAUUUUGGUUUUGGGGGAACCAAUGCCCAUGCCAUUGUUAAAGACUACAAACAAACAGGCAUUACACCAAAGAAUAAUCAGGUUAGCCUCUAUGCUCUCUUCAGACACUGGGGUGUGAAGCCGGAUGCUAUUUUGGGUCAUUCGGUUGUAUUCAGGUAA